AUGCUGCUAAUUUUCCUCCUAUUUCCUUUCGCCACUGCCUGGUUCGAUUUCCGCUCCGUCCAAUCGGUUAGAGCGACAGGGCGGUUGCUUUGCGCCGGUUUGCCUGCGAAAAACGUCUCGGUCCGGCUGUAUGACGACGAUUUUUUUGGCAAGGACACGAUGCAGCUGGGGAGGACGAAUCAUGAGGGCGUUUUUGAAGUAGAAGGCAUCGAUGAGGAGAUCAGUUGGAUCGACCCGUAUCUCGACAUCUAUCAUCAAUGCGAAAUUGAUAAUGUCGAAGAAAAGAGGCGUUGCACCCGCACAGCGACCAUCGGCAUCCCCUCCCACUUCAUAACCCCGCUGCCAAUCCCCGAGAAAACGUUCCAACUCGGCGAUUUUGAGCUCAGAAAUCUGUAUGCUGGCGGGCAGAAUGGAAAGCAGUGCAGUGGUUAUUAU